CCAUCAUCUCUCCCAUCCUCCUAUACAAAAUUCCAAAGUUACAAACCUAAACAUGAUAACCGGAAUCGCGCACGUCAACCUAACUGUUCCCCCGGGGACCCUCGAGCAGGCCUUCUUAUUCUACGGCACCACGUUAGGCUUCACAUCUGUCCCCGUUCCCGUCUUGCAAAAAGACACAUUAGCCUGGUUCGACAUCACGCCGCACGGCCAACAAAUCCACAUCGCGUUCGGGACACCCAACGAUCCCAAAUCCUCGCGACAUCCAUGUUUUAAAGUCGGGAGUCUAGAGGACUUGAAAGCGUUGCAAGAACGUAUCGUAGAGCAUUUUGAGAGGCAGGAUGCAGCGAGUCCGUUGGAGGUGGAUAGACCUGGCGAACAGAAUUCUGGCGCGAAAGGUGUGGAGUAUCCGAAGAGGUUCUUUGCGAGAGAUUAUGCGGGGAAUAGGUUGGAGUUUAGUUUGUGAGCUGGGGGAUUGGGUGGAGGACUUGAUCUGUGAAUUGUUGCUUUUGGAGGCUGGGAUGGAAAUGAUGGGAUGAGUUAAUGAAGAUGAAAGAAACUCUCGAAGUACUGAGUCUGGUGUACCAUGUCAAGACUCGAUUCCUUUAUCCUAUCUCAACUCCUCUCUCACAU